AUGAUGGACCGAAAUGAUCUACCAACAAGCGAAGUGGAUGUUCUCAUCGUCGGAGCGGGGCCUGCUGGGCUCAUGUCCAAUCUCUGGCUGUCCGUUUUCAAGGGCCUGAGAGUCAGAAUUAUCGACAAGAGAACGUCGGAUGUCGUUGCAGGCCAGGCCGACGGUCUCGUGGGCCGUACCCAGGAAGUCUUCCAUUCGUUCGGAUUUGAGGACCGGAUCUUGAAGAUUGCGCAGCCCAUGGCGGAGUUCUCCUUUUGGGAACCCAACGAUUCGGGCCGACUCCAUCGAAGCUCUCGCACCCCGGACGGGGUUCCCAACGUGUCUCGCUUUCAAGGAAGCGUCCUCCAUCAGGGUCAUAUCGAGAAAUUCUUGAAAGAUGCUGCGAGAGAUCGUGGGGGCCAAGAGGUUGAGCACGGAAUCCAGCCAGACCUUCUGGAAAUCGACGAAUCAAAGGUCGACGAGGUCGACAGCUACCCUAUCACCGUCCGCCUACGACGUCUAUCCAAAGAAGAGUCUACCCCGUCGCAGUUUGGCCAUGCGGUCGCCAAUGGCUUGUAUCGUUCAGCCAAUUUCAUGACGGCAAAAGAGGAAGAUCGUGCCAUUGAAAAGAGCGCAGAACCACAAGACCAUGAAGUGAUCAAAUGCAAGUAUCUCCUCGGAUGUGACGGGGCGCACUCCUGGAUUCGGCGCCAGAUGGGAGCCCAGAUGGAAGGGGACCAAACCGAUUUUGUUUGGGGCGUCCUUGAUAUCAUACCUCAAACCGACUUCCCAGAUAUUCGAAGUCGAUGCGCGAUUCAGUCCCUCAAUCACGGAAGCUUAAUGGUGGUGCCCCGGGAGAACGAGCUAGUGCGUCUGUACAUCCAAUUAGAAGAGUUCGAACGGGAUGCAUAUGGGAGGGUGGACAGAAGGCGAAUCUCGCCAGCCCAAAUCUUACAGGCCGCGCAAAAGAUCAUAGCACCCUACACUCUCGAAUACAGUCACUGUGACUGGUUCACCGCAUAUCAGAUCGGCCAACGAGUGAGCACUAGCUACGCAAAAUCUGAUCGCAUCUUCAUCCUGGGGGAUGCGUGCCACACGCAUUCUCCCAAAGCGGGCCAGGGGAUGAACGUCUCCUUAAUGGAUGCGUACAAUCUCGGAUGGAAGAUUGCCCACGUCCUGCGAGGCUGGGCGGGGCGGUCCAUCUUAUCAACCUACGAGUCAGAGAGACGUCCUGUAGCGCAGGAGCUGAUCCGCUUCGAUCAGAAAUGGUCCGCCCUCUUCAGUGGGCAGCUCAAAAAGAUUGAGCGCGCAGCGGAUGGAACGGAACUCGAGGAAUUCAAACAGACAUUUGAGAAUGCAAAACUCUUCGUCGCAGGUAUCACGGUCCAGUAUGGUCCAUCCCAAUUAGUUGGGCAGAUUUUGGACCACAAAAACGUCCAUUUCAACCCUCCUAGCGUUGGUAUGGGAAAUCAGGACCUUGCAAAAGGCAUCCCCAUUGGCAUGAGGUUUGCCUCACACCGCGUUCUCAAUCAGGCAGACAUGCGUUCCUGGCACUUACAGGACACGUUGCCUUCGGACGGCUUGUGGCGCCUUCUCGUAUUUGCAGGGCGUAUGACCGAUCCAACACAACGCCCACGAGUUCUCCAGCUAGCCCAUUCCUUAUCUUCACCCUCCUCCAUCUUGAACACGUACACUUCAGGCGGGAGAUCUCUGUUCGAGGUGAUUACCGUUCAUUCUGGUCCUCGCAUUGACGUAGAGCUAUCGGAUUUCCCGCCACCGCUUCGAGAAAAAUACGAGUACAACAAAAUCUUCGUCGACGACCAUUCCUAUUCUGAGCCGUUUGGGAAUGCCUACGAAAACUACGGUGUGGACGCCGUCAGGGGAUGCCUUGUCUUGGUGCGACCCGACCAAUACGUCUCCUGGAUUGGAAACCUCGAAGACAUGGCUGGUUUGGAGGCUUUCUGUUCGGGCUUUCUCCAAAAAUAG